AUGACUUCCAGGAGACCAGGGCCGCAGGCCUUCGGCUGGUCAGGUAAUGUCAGGCCUGGAGACCCGCGGACCGGUCCGGUAGCCCCGAAGGAAGAGACCACUUUGAACACCAGGUGGACGGCCAGACGGCCAGCCGAAGCGAGUCACCAACCUGUGCGGUCCAUCCCGCAAGCGGCCGCGUCUAGUCGCCUUCCGCAGGGGCUCUCCCAACGUCGGCCGUCUGACAGCCAGCCAGAACAACCACGCUACGUGCCACGACCACAGAUCCGCAGUUCCAUUGGCAGUGCAGCUGGGCUGAUGGCUGGGGUGACGGACGGGACGCGUUCAUCUUCAUCCGCCUCUAGCAGAAUUCCAGCCCCUAACGCGAAGCCUCGAAACAUUCUCCGGCGGAAACGCUCUGGAUUGUCGCAGGAUACCGGCAGCGCCCGCAAUGACUCGCGGAAUGACUCGAUCGGCACGACCUCAUCGGAUUCCUAUCCUCGUGCUCAGACUCCCCUGGACGUUUCUCAUCUCGACCGCGAGUUGACCCAGAGCCCGAUGGAGAUCAGGGUAGCACAACAAGUGGAGAUCCCGUUGACGAAGGCCCAAACGGUCACGAUAUAUCCCGAGUUGGACAGAUACCGCGACAUCAAGCCUCCCGCCCGUCCCGAAAGCCCCGGUCCCAACCUACCCUCCCGGAUUGCAACAAACGAUCUACCUCCACCCACUCCGCUUCGUGACACCACACCGACCUCCAUAUCCUCGCACUCUCCGGGGCUGGUGGCCCCGAUACGCAUCCACCCGCCCGGGACUAGGGUACGACAGGCCGACCCAGCCCUAACACGACCUCCGGUUACGCGGAGAAGGACAGGGAGCGUCUCGAAUGAAGUGAGCUCUGUAACCGCGGACCACCAAGGUUUGACAGCUGUCAGGGAACUAUCGACCUCGUCAUCCUCCAACUCGACAGUUCGCGCCAGUGAGACCACGGAGAAGAAAGCCAAAGCCUUAACCCAGCGUCCGCACAGUCCUCCUCCGCGAAAGUCAUCCCAAAAGCCCAAGGAGAGUCGAGAUGGAGCCAUAUCCGUUCCAAGACCAUCCCAUGACGCUCCUCGACCGCAAGCUGCAUCGCUGCCGUCAACAGCGACAACAUAUUCCCAGCCGCGGCUUGUCCAAGCCGCGAAAACCACUGCCUCUGCGCAGCCGACGCCCCCUGUGCGACCGAGCCGCGAUGGAACUGUCGACCUCCAUGCCCAAUCAGGCCAAUCCAUCCCCGUCAUACAAAGUAAUCUGUCAUCGAGCUCAUUGCCAGAGAGACAGGAAAGCGGCCUCUUGGCCUCGGGCCCGACCAGUCGGUUGGCCAUUCCAUCGUCCCACUCGGAGAAGCCGUCGAGCCGCCCCCCUGCUAGGGAGCCCACUCCUGCACCUAAAUCCAUUUCUAGUGCCGCGACGACUGUAUCCAAACAGGAGACAGCGAGACCCUCCCGAACACCUAGCCCUAGCGUGUCGUCAACGUUCAAGACUCGGUUUCCUCUGUUUGGGCGACGAACGAAGACGGUCCCCGAGCCCGCUCAGCCGGACAACAAGGAGAAACACCCGAGGAAAGGACCAGCUGCCGGGACAGGUCACGAGGGUUACGGACGGAUAGGCUCAGUGCGCAGGAGGAGCAACACUAUGGCGAACACUACUCGUGUGAUCCCGGGGACCAUGUCCUCGCAGGAGAGCUUGAGCAGUAACCCAUCUUACGACGCAUUCCUGAUGGAAAGGAUGGCCCCGGUUAUUAUCGCUGGUGGAGAAGUCAUUGAGAACAGGAACACCAGCUCGGAGCUGACGCGUACCGAGAGCAACCAGAGCUCAGCCUUCAGGCGGCCGAGCGUUGAGUCUCACAGUAGCUCCCAGGUUUCGUUGUCAUCUCGCGAAGUGCCUCGGAAGUCCUUGUGGCCGUCACCUUUACCCCGCAGCGCGACACAGCCGCCUUCGCUGCGCAGCCGCCGGCCAUCCGAGAGCAGUGACUCCGAGGCGGUGGCCACGAAGCCCACGCUAGCCCUCAGGAGGUCGGCGCAACGACUCAAGUCUGGCGAACAAGAGCCCCUGAGGCUGCCCAAGCCGAUCGUCACUCAGGCUCAGGCCGUUUCGCCCUCUAUGACCAGCCUGGAUGCCAGCAUCUUGUCUGACGACUCUAUCGUUGACCCUUCGGCUGAACCGGCUCCCGCCGCAAAGGAACCUGCGAGGACGGCAGCAGCCUCCGGACCGAAGAAGCUCACAAGGCGACCCAGGUCCCCCCGCAAGUGGAACUUCUUUGGGCGCUCCCAGAGUCAGCCGGCGGCAGAGAAGAAGACGGACGCAGCGAAGACAAUUGCCGCCACAGUCAAAACUGUCCAGAACAAGCCCGUGGCGUUCUACACGAUAAUGGACUCAUCGGAACAAGAAGAUGCCGAGCCAGUUGACCUGGAAGAGGUCCUUCGCGAAGCAAGAGGCAUAGCAGUCACCAGCCCUGACCAGCCCCCAUUGGCAGAUCCCGACUUCAGGAGACCAUCUCUGACAGAGCCCGCGGAACCUUCCCAACAAUCGGGUCUACAGCGGACCGAGCCCGAGCAGCCAGCAGAUUCGAAUAGCCCUGUCGCAAGCGCGGCUACACCGCCUGUUUCUUCACUUCCCGGGUCAAACCCCGAUCCCAUGCCGGCGCCAGCGCCUUCCAAACAGGCGCCCGUCCUGCGCCAGGGCCCAGGCCGACCAAGCAGACUGCCCCAAGUGGGACGUAUCCCAAAGGUUGUCAGCGCUCGAGCCCAGCAAAUAUCCCCCAAGAGCUUCUCAAGGCCGUUUCACCGCCUGAGUGUCCAGAUGACUCCUGCGGCGCCUGAUCUUCGAGACGAGAAUUCGGUAGCAAAGGGGCCAAGCCCUCCGAAACCGUCGACGCCGGAACCUUCCUCGGAGCAUCCGGUCCCAGCGAGCGACUCCAACUUCUCCGCCUUGAUUUAUGGCGUGCCGAGAUUGCCGCCGCCGGUUUCGACUCAACCUGGACCGGAAUUCCUGUCGUUCUCGCCCCGGAAGAACUCGCAGUGCACUACGACGACGUCGUCCAGCAGCUCCGGAGGUCUCUUGAGCUAUGCCGAUGCCACUGCUAUUGUGCCGGAACCAGAUGCGCCCCUUGCCGAGGACGAGAUCUGGGAUGAGUACAAUGACUUGCUUGGUGACGAUACGAUAAGGUUGCCGGUAACGGAACCGACAACUCGGCCGAAACCGCUGCAACUUGACGGAUCCGCGUUCGGCGAUGGGAAGCUGAUCGAGGCGGCCUUGGAGUCGCCAACACUAAGUCCUCCCCCGUUGCCGAGUCUGGUUGAUGCCUUGCGGUCGGGUAUGGAGCACCCAUCAUCGAGCGUCAACGGCUCGGACAUGGCCGAAGAAGUCAAACGAAUGCUGGACUGCGACCCCACGCCGGAGAACUCGGUGGUUGCGCUUGAUCCCACAAGCAGUCAGGAGACCAAAGUCCAUAGCUUCGGUACGGGCGAGCAAACCGGGGAACCAGCAGCAUCAAGGAAACGGAGCAGCAUCUCCUCCGUUCAGCAAGCUCGGCGAUCUGACGCCAGUGGCAGCACCCAGGGCUCGGAAGACAGUUCGCCUCUGUCCCAGGUCAACCUGCGAGUAGGCUCUAUGACUGUCAGCAAGUGGCUCACGUUUGGUCAUGUUCUCUUCAGCCCGGUCCGGGACGAGUUGGUCUCGGAUGCCGGCUCUCUCAAGCGGCCGUCCAUUCUUGUGGUUGACGGACUGGGCAACGACGACUGGUCCUUCUACGCGGCAGAGACAUACCCGGCGGCUACAUUCUUCAACCUCUCCCCGCGCGCCCCUCUUCCGGCCGAACACCGGAGCGAGACAUCCUUCCCGCUCAGUCCUCCGAACCACCACCAGGUCCAGUACUUAAGCCACACGGCCAAGUUCCCUUUUGGCGCGCAAAGCUUUACUGCCGUUGUCUUCCGCUUCCCGGCCGCGGCCCCGGAGGGACACUACCGCAACAUCAUCUCGGAAGCGCGGCGGGUGCUGAAGCCAGGUGGCUACAUCGAGUUGUCCAUCCUCGAUGUGGACUUGAACAACAUGGGCAACCGCUGCCGUCGCACGGUGCGUCGCCUCAAGGAACGCAUCCACGCCCGGGCGCCCGAUACCUGCCUCGGAUCGACCUCUGAUCUCAUCCUCCGUCUUAUCGGCCGUAGGGGCUUCACCGACAUCAAGAUAUGCCGGGUAGGCGUCCCCGUCGCCAGCAGUAUCACCCGCUCUUCAGGUAGCGAAGCGGGAGGCGCCGGGAAGCGGAACUCGACCGGUGCCGGUGGCGGGCCGAGUAAGGCCAAGCCGAGAAAGGACGAGCGCAGCCUCCCCGAGAUGAUCAACGACGAAGGCCCGGUCGCGGACGAGAGCAUCGCGCAGUCGGUGGCCAAGGUCGGCCGGUGGUGGUACAGCCGGUGCUACGAGAGCGCCGCGGCGCCCGGGAUCAGCCCAUCGUCGCGCGGCAGUAUCUGGCGCGACAAGGCGCUGCUCGCCGAGUGCGAGGAAUGGGGCACGAGUCUCAAGCUGAUGGUCUGCCAUGCGCGGGUGGCGGAUGGAAGGGCUCGAGUGGCGAGCAUCUGA